AUGACCGGGCGUCGCCGCCGAGCGUCCACAUCGAGUGUCGACACCGAAGACGAAAGAAAGGUGUCGUGGUGUAAAGAAAAAUCGGUUCUACGAUUCAACCACUCCGGUGUCGACCCAGAGACCUGCUUUGAACUCAAGGACGCUAUUGUUCUAAACAAAGAUGGACAAACUUUUGAAAACGCACUUGAUGUGGCUACCCGCGGGCCCUAUAUCAUCCGCGGUACUCUUCUUGUGGAGGACCCAGCGCAGAAGGCGCACCGUAUGUUUCCCACACUCCUGUCCCACGCAUUCGAGAGACAGCCUAAGAAAGCAAAAAAGGGUAAAAAGGAUAUUGAGAGGGAUCUCCAUCAGGUCUUCCACGAGUAUGCCACUAGGAUCGGAGACGGCUCGACACUCGAAGAAGUUAUUUUACGAUGCGAUCAACAUGCAUCAUUUUUGAUCUCACAGUGCACUCAAGAUAGCAGUGAACUCGAUUGGCGAACUACCCCUUUCUACCAAUGGCUGACCAAAAGACACAAGAAUACUUACGAAAAGGAGAUUGAGCGCCUGAAUAAACCGCGUCAACCUCUGCAAUCCCCUUCCAUGGAAAUCAUCGAGCCACCAGCGCCAUCAGUACCUCAGACACUCCCCUCGCGGACUCGCAAUGGCUCCUCAUCUCCAUCAAUCACCCUUAGCAAUGCUACGCCAGAAAUCAUCGAAAUCGAGGCCAGUCCGCCACCAAAACGAGCAUCACGGUCACGCUCAACUAGUCGCAGGGCCGACCAUGAAAUUAUCGAUUUGGUGAGCUCUGCUCAAAUCUCGAGGGACACGUCGGCGAUCCCAAGACCGACCAGUGUUCAUUCAUCAAUAAGCACACCAUCAUUUACCCCUCACACGAGUGAUGUAUCCUCCUCAGUAACUGGCGCGAAUGAGACUCCUUUCCAGAGUGUCCUAAACGCUAUUGAGCAGGUAUAUGCGGAUACUGCACACUCGAAGGCUGGCCUCACUCUGUCGGCUGCUAUGAACAAGCUCUGGACGAAAUACAGAUUUCCCUACUACAAGAGCGACCAAAAAGCAGCCUACAGAGUCCCAAUUGAGGAAGUACUUCACUACAAUGCGGGUGCUCUGCUCCAGGCACUUGACAUAGACAAGUACAAGGAGCAUGGUUUCUACACCUGGCUCGUAGAGACUUCUAGGAAACCAUUUCACCCUGUAGCCAUCAGGCCAUCCGAUUUCCCAUUUCAUUUAGUACGACGCAAGCAAUCGAACAAUGCAAAUUCUAACAAAUUGGCUCAGCCAUCACCCCUGGCACAAAUCGGAACCCCUACGGGGCCGGCUAAUGAAGAAUUCUCUAGUCCCGUUCGUUCAUCACCAGCUGGCAAAAGCAUCAGAAGACCAGGCCGUCCAUCUGGUGUAAAGUCUAGCCUUCGUUUGGCAGCCGCCUCUAGAAAGCGAGCUCACUCUGAUGUGGACAGUGACUCACACGACGAAGGCGCAGAGCCGAAAAGAUCACAUUAUUUUUCUGACGAGGACGAUGCAAUUGAAAACGAAGGCCAGCUGGGUUCGUCUGAGGAUGAGCCGGUCCCCAGUUCCUCCGAGGAACUUGUCAAGAUUUUCCUCAGAGCAGACAACAUACCGACAACUGUUCCACGGGGCCCUGACGAAACUUGGGUUUGCGAAGAAGACGAUUGCGGAUACAUAGUCCGCGGUGGUGAUGUCCAAGACUGUGGUGAACGUAUCAGGCAACACUUUAACGAGCACGAGCAACAGAUGAACCGCGUGAGUCUCGCAAUGACGGAAGGUUCGCGCGGUCAUCUACCAGUGAAGUAUGUUCUUUUCAAGCCUUUCUUAAUACUCGUUGAGUUGAACCAACCUCACGCCUUUCCCGCCCCAAAACCCCGAACCCCUAGCCCAGAAAUGGUGGAUGAAGUCAACACCGCAGCCUCGACGCCAACCUUGACCAACAGCCCUGUGAGAGUUCACUUAUACCAGUCUCAAACUCCUAUAUCAUCCCCAAAAGCUCAUAUACCUAUUACCACUCCUAAUUUCAGAUCGAUGGUGGACGAAUUCCGAAGACAAAAUAGUCACCUAAUGGAUAAGCUCAAAAAGCUGGGUGAGGUGUCCCAAGCUGCCGAGCAGCUCGUGAUUGGCAGAACCGUACUGCCUCAGCGCAUCAAACGAAACCUUCUCAUAUGA